CCCGUAUCAAAACCGAAAACAACUGUGUCAGAACCUGAAAUGACAGUGGAAAUACUAUCAAUACCUGACAAAACUGAUUUAACAACUGGAAAGCCUGUGUCAAAACCAAAAACAACUGUGUCAGAACCUGAAAUGACAGUGGAAAUACUAUCAAUACCUGACAAAACUGAUUCAACAACUGGAAAGACUGUGACUGAGGAGAAGGUGAGUGUGACAGUAUCUAAGGAACCUGUCGCAGUGCUUGACAAGACUGGCAAAGUCUCAAAAGACACACUGGCACUAAAGAAAGAGAUUGUGGCACCACCAAAAAGAACUGUGUCAGAUCCUGAAAUGACAGUGGAAAUACUAUCAAUACCUGACAAAACUGAUUCAACAACUGAAAAGACUGUGACCGAGGAGAAGCCGAGUGUGACAGUAUCUAUGGAAACUGUCACAGUGUUUGACAAGACUCGCAAAGACACACUGGCAAUAAAGAAGGAGACUCAGUCAAAAACAAAAACAACUGUUUCAGAAUCAGAAAUGACAAUGGAAAUUCUUUCAAUACCUGACAAAACUGAUUCAACAACUCAAAAGACUGUGACCGUAGAGAAGGAAAGUGUUCCAGUAUCUCAGGAAACUGCUGCAGUCCUUGACAAGACUGGCAAAGACACAAAAGACACCCUGGAAAUAAAGGAGACUGUGUCAAAACCUAAAACAACUGUAUCAGAAACUGUAAUCACAGUGGAAAUACUUUCAAUACCUACUGAAACCGAUUCAACUACUGAAAAGACUGUCACAGUAGAGAAGGCGAGUUUGUCAGCAAAGAAGGAUACAGUGUCAGCAUCUAAAACAACUUUUUCAGAACCUGAGAUGACUGUGGAGAUACUAUCAAUACCUACAGAAACUGAUACAACACCAAAAAAGGCAGUGACAGUAAAGCAAGCAACUUUCAAAACUCAAGGACUUGUCCUUAACGAAGGAUUUGAGAUGACUUCUCAGGACACAGAUACUACUUCCUCAGCCCUGGCCCCAUGCCAGCUAGGUCCCUCUCAAGAUGUGCUCAAGUCAUACUGGGAAUGGACUGUCCUUCCAGAAGAGGGGUCUCAACUGCACCCCAAAGGCCCACCGCCUGCAUCGCUCGCAAAAGAUAUUGACAAACAACAGCUGUUCACCUGUCAGGAGUUGGGGUUGGAACUGAAGGAGCAGAGAGCACUGCUGGGAGACAUCGUCGGUCACUGUGGAAUGACACGUCCUCCUUGCCUGUCAUCUGACAGCCAGACACAUGCAGGGUCACACCCCGAGCCCAUAGGGGGCAGUGCAGCCCAAAGGGAGAGGGCCAUCCUUCAAAGCCAGCUGGAGGAAAAACUCACAGCCAUGGAUAAGCUUGGAAAGGGUAUUCUCCUGCAGGUGGCUGUGCGGUCGCAGAUGGAGCUGCGGAAGCCAGAGAGCCAGGCGCCUGCGCAGUCUGGGGAAAUCCUUACCAAGCACGUGCCCCCAUCUUCUGCAGGGGACACUGGCACACAGGACACGGUGUUCAGCAGUGGGGGCUCUUGGAAGGAAGAGCAGAGGGGGAGUGUGGAGUUGCUCCAGGGGUUCAGUGAGCAGCUUCAGGGGCUGACCAGCUUGGUGGAGUUGGGCAGGGAGCGCCUGGUCCGCAGCCAGCAGCUGCUGCACAGCCGGGCCCACCUACAGACCCUGCUGAACGGACACAAGAAAUUUUUCAGGGCCCUGGGGGCCCACGCGGCGGUGCUGGGUCACUUGAGGCAGCGCAUCCCAGCGGCGGAGCAGGGGCGGGUGCAGGGUGCGAAGGCAGAACUUGAACAGGACGUCAGAGACCUCCAGCUGCUGGCCGUGGAGGAGGGAGCCCAGCUGCAGAGAACAUUGGAGGCUUGGACACAGUGGGACAAGAGCAGCAGCCAGGUGGCAGAGUUGCUGCAGGACAUGGAGGCCCAUCUGCCCAGCGGAGGGCCACCUGAAGAGAUGGAAAGGCAGCUUGCCACUUACAAGGAAUUGAAAGGGGUUCUGGAGGAGAACGAGUCACGGCUGUACCAGGCCCUGGACCUGGGGAGGGGGCUGCAGUCCGGGGGGCGGUGUGAAGGUGUGGACACGGCCUUGCGGAGACUGGAGACCCAUUGGCUGGCUGUACGGAGGAGGGUGGUGCAGGGCCAGGUCCAUGCUGAGGAAAUGGUGGGCCUGUGGAGCAGGUUCCAGCAGGAUUCGGUAAUGCUGUGCGAGUGGAUGGCAGGUGCCAGACAGCGACUGCAGUCGUGGCGAGAGCAGACUGCUACUCCGCCUCCCAAACUCCUGGCAGAACUCCUGGAACUGGCUAAAGAAACGGAGGCCAUGUCCUCUCUGAAGGAGUCUGUGAGCCGUACGGGUGCGCAGCUGGAGCAGCUGAAGGGUGAUGAUGCUUCCGGGCUGCAGACGCAGCUGGAGCAGCUGGAGCAGUGCUGGGCAGACCUGCAGGCUGCACAGCCGGUCGCCCGCGAGCAGCUGCACAAGUUGCUGAUGGAGAAGCUCUCAGUGGAGGAGGUCAUGGUGGAGUUGGGAGGGUGGAUGGAGGGGGUGGAGGCCAGGCUGGCCGAGGACAGGCAGAGAAUUCAACAGGCCUCUAGCACUACCACCCUCAGCCCCCUGCUCCAGCACUGCCAGGAAUGUAAGGUGGAGAUGGCCUCACACCAGCUUUCCCUGGACUUUGCACGCCAGGCAGUGGUCCAGACCAGUGGCAAAGAUGUUUGUGUGAGGCGCUAUGAGAGACUAAACCUUGCUGAGCAGCUGGGCGCUUUGCAUCUGCGCUGGCUUUCCCUCAAAGGGACACUGGCCACCCAGACCCGUCAGUUGGAACAGCUGCAGCAGAUCUGCGCAGACGGAGAGAGCCGGCUGCUGACAUUGCGCAGCUGGAUCACAGGCCAGAGGAAGAGGAUGGAAGACCUGCCAAGGCCCAGCAGCCUGUCCCAGGCAAAGAGACUGGUGGAGGAGUGCAAGGACACAGAGCAGACUCUGAAGUUGAAGUCUGCCGAGCUGCAGGAGUUGAGGGAUUCCUGCCAGUCGGGGCAAGGAGGCGAGGAGCAACAGAGUCACCGUGCAUUCAUCUCCCAGACAGACACUGUCCUCCAGGACUUCACUGCCGUGAGCCAGCAGAUUUCAUUAGUGCACUCGGCUCUGCUGGAGGUCGUGAGGCAGUGGGAGGGAAUCGAGGGGGCGUUGGGAGAAACUGCUCUGAGGACAGCGAAGACCAGCCAUGCCCUGGACCUGGCCCUCAUACCACAGCUCUCACCCCAGACCCUCCAGGGCCAUAUCCACAGGCUGCAGCUUCUCCAGGAGGAGGUGAGAGAGGGCGAGGAGGCCUGGGAGGACCUUAUAAGAACCUGGUCUAGCCUGAGGAGUUCUGUCAGCCCGGCCGCCGCCCUCCUCUUAUCCCAACGGCUGGAGGAGGACAAAACACGGGGCACAGACAUAUUUGCACUGAGAAGGGCGGCGGUAAGCCAGCAGGUGACGGAGGAACUACUGAAAGCACAGGCUCUGAUCGAGCUGUGGGCAGCUUACGUCCGUCUCUCUGAGCCCUGCCUCCUGCAGCUGUGCCAAUGCCAGGACCAGCUGGGGGCGCUGUUGAGCAACCCACCCCAACAAGACAGAGAACUGGAGGGGUUCCAGGCCAAGAUAAAGGCUGUUAGCGAACUGCAGGCUGGUAUGGAGGAUUUGCACAGCAGUCUCGGAGCAGUGCUGGAAGCCUCGAACAAGCUCAGUGGACAAAUGGAACCCCAAGCCUCGGUCUUCAUCACAUCAGAAACCCUGUUCCUGUCGCAGGGUGUAGCCCAGUUGGCCAGGGCCCUGCCAUUAAGACAGAAACAGUUGCAGGGCAAGUUGGAUCUUCUUCAAGAAUACCACAGACGCUUGGAUUCUCUGGAGAAAUACCUGAAAAGCUUUGAGUGCAAGCUGGAGAGCACAUCCAAACAUGAACAGGACCUGAAGGUCCUUCAGGGGGACCUCCUUCAGAUGACAGCCAUGACCUCUGCCCUGGACCGCCUGAACCAACUGCGUUGUGCUGUUACCCUGAGCAGCGGGGUGGCCGACAGGCUUCAGGACCUCAGAACGCGGUGGCCGUUGGCCUUCUCUCGGGCAAUGGCGAUGUGCCAUGAGCUCCAUGCGGAGGCGCUGGUGAGGCAGAGCUUUCAGCAGAAGUGUGAGACCUGCAGAUGCUUCCUGGAGGAUAUGGAACAGAGCCUUCCCAGAGAGGACGACGCCCGUCCCUCCUCAGACCUCCUCCCACAGCAGCUCACCAUCCAACGGAUGCUCCAAGUUCGGGUGUCUAUGGGGUGCCAAAUCCUACAUUCGGUAAUCACGGAUGGCCUGGACCUGCUGGAUAGGGGUCAGGUGGAGGACAGGUGUGGCCUCAUUCGGAAGCUGGCGCAGCAGAUGGAACGAUGGCAGGGGACGGUGCAAAGGGCACAGCAGUGGGGUGUCUGGGUGCAGGGGCUGAUGGGACAGCGGGAUGUCUACGCCUCUGGCUGGAGGAUGCUGAGGAAUCUGCUGAGUGACACAGAUCACCUGCUAUCAUCUUCAGGCCCUGCCCUCUGCAGCCUGCCUCAGCUCCACCAAUCACUGGAGGAGUUCAAGCUUGUCGAAACGCAGUUCCAGCAGCACCAAGGUAUCUAUCUGCAGACACUGGAAGCGGGGAGAUCCCUACUCCCAGUGCAACCUCAGCUGCAGGAGGAGCUGACAGCCCUUCAGGAGGCCUGGGAGCGUACCCAAGGCAUUGUGGGACAACAGAGGACCCACACAGAGGCUGUGCUUCAGAACUGGGAGUGCUGCCAGACCAGAUUAGUCGAUAGCAGACAAAGGCUGGAGGAACUGAAGGACAGACUGAAUCAGCUGAUGCCAGAUCUUUGGGAGGAGCUGCAGACCACCCAGAAACUCACAAAGGAGCACGAGGACGCACUGGAGGACUGGUCUGGUGGCCAGGCGGAGCUGACCGAGAAGAGGGCGGACCUCGCCUGCCGUGUCACUGCUGAUGACAUCACGCUGCUACAGGCACCGGAGCAGGGGCUGCGCAGCCAGUGGGAGGAGCUCCGCCGGAAGGUGUCCCUACGUGAGCAGGAGACAGAUGACCGGCUUGGUGCCUGGUCUGUAUUCAAAGAGAACAAGAAGUGGCUUUGUGAUUGGCUACUGCAGAUGGAGAGCAUGGUGGCCUAUGGCACUCAUCUAACCUCAGCAGAAAUGGCAGAAAAGCUGAACAAGGACUGCAUGGAAGACAUGAAAUGUGUCAGUGAGAACAAGGCCCAUCUGAAAGAACUUGGAGAGGGCCUGAUCAUUGCAUGCGACGGAGCCAUGGCAACAAAGAUCAAGGGCAUGCUGAAAGACAUGGAGGACCAGUGGGAGCGUGUGUCUGACUGCAUCAUGUCAAGGGAGAAACAGCUGCAGCAGAGGCAGGAGAGGGUGCAGCAGCUGCGUCGGAGCCUGCAUGGCCUGCAAACGCAGCUCUCCUGUGCAGAGGGCCAACUGGUCACGCCUCUGUUGUACAGCGUCUGCCAUAGUGAUGAGAUCCAGAAGAGACUGGUAGAACAACAUGCCCUUGAGCAGGACGUGGAGAGGCUGUCGGAGUGCAUGGCCCCGGUCAUCGCUCUGUGCUCGGCGCGGGACACAGUUAGCAGUAGAAGCGAUGCGGAGAACGCCCGCGUAUGCGAGAGCCUGGAACGCCGCUGGAGCUACGCCCACACCCUGUGCACAAAGCGAAGGAACAGGAUUGAGGAGACUCAGCGGCUAUGGCAUGAGAUCCUGAAUGACCUUUCACGCUUCGAGGAUUGGCUGAAGACGGCUGAGAAAAACACCGGAGCCGAAGAGGAGGUGGAGAAGUUUGAGGCUCUUCAGAGGGAGGUGCAGGAACACUUUGCUCAGCUGGAGCUCCUAAAUGUGCAGUACCAGCGACUGGCCUGGGACAACCUCACCGAUACGGCCGGCAGCCUCAGUGUCACGGUUCACGAGGUCAACCAGCGCUGGGAUGCCCUAUGGCAGCAGAUGGAGGCUACUAAUAGGAAGCUGAAGGUGGUGACAGAGCAGCCUGAGCUCUCAGGUCAGGCCCUGGGGGGGGGCGCAGUGCUGGUUGGGGGAUCUGGACAGGAAGAAAGUGAAAGUGAAGAGGCAGGCCCACCCAUCCAGCAGGCUGUGGCCCGAAUGCUGGCCAUCCAUGGCACCAUGUCAGUUCCAGGGAUAUCUGUGACUGAACCAACCAGCAAGCUUUCCCUAGAGUCACAACAGGGUGCCACUCCGGGUCUGGGUGGUCUUUCCAGUCACACAAGCACCCCCUCUAAGCAGGGCUAUGAGGAGAUGAUGUUAGAAUGCAGCGGGAGCAUCGAACGCGUGAGGAAAGUCUCGUUGAUCCUGGACGAUGAAGAUGAGUCAGCAGAAGUGCAGGGCCUCACAGGGCUCACCACAGCCGACAAACAGUCAGGAGUCAUCCAGCGCUGGGAGGUGCUACAGGCCCAGAGCCCCCCGGCCCGACCGCGGAAUCAGCCGCAACCAAGCUCUGAUCUCCAGGAUGUCACCGUGUGGCUGGCCCGAGUGAAACCUGAGCUGGAGAGGCUACAGGCGCCUGAGCCUUCAGCCAGCCUGAGUGUCCAGGACAUGGAAGCCAGGGUCAAGAGGCUCAAGAAAAUGCAGAGGACCUUUGACAGGUACAAAGGUGUGGUGAUUGCCCUCAAUCUGAGUGGGCAGAAGCCACAGCAGACUGGGGUGGAUGUGGCGACCGAGGCUGGCUUACGGGACAUGAAUCAGGCUUGGGUCAUGGCCUGCAUUCUCCUGGACCAAUGGAAGGAAAAGCUCUGCCGAGCCCUUAUGAGAUGCAAGGAGUUCCACCAGACCCUACACUCCAUGCUGCUGUGGCUGGCUGAUGCGGAGAGCCGGUGUCUUGCGGUCGAUGUUCACGACCCCGCCCUGAAGCCUGCUGCGCUGCGGGAGCGUGGCCGCACACUCACGGCCUUGGAGCAGGAACUCCAGGUGCGGCAGCGGCAAGUAUGUUCCCUGCAGGAGAUCUCCUCCCAGCUGCUCUACGAGGGAGUGGCCGAGGGCGGCAAAGUGGGUACGGACAGUACCGAGACCCUGGAGAAGCUGCAAGUCAUCGGCAACAAGCUGCAGGUGCUGCUCCGCCAGGUGGCUCAAGACCGGCAGGUGGUCCAGGAACGUCUGGAGCAGGAAGGAGAUGCUGAGGCUACAGAAGCUGCAGGAGAUUCCGACAUGAAGAGGGGUCCUGAGAGGCGUGACCCCUCACCCCCCCGUUCGUUCUUUGCCCGGGUGUGGCGGGCGGCCUUCCCUCUCCACCUCCUCCUCCUGCUGCUAAUCAUGCUGGCCUGCCUGGUCCCAGCCUGGGAGGAGGACAACACCUGCACCUGGUCCAAUAACUUUGCCCGCUCCUUCUAUCCCAUGCUGCACUACACCAAUGGGCCACCACCCACCUGAGGCACCACCCACCACCGUCCCCCCACCCACCCAUAGGACCAGGCCAAUCAGACCUUAUCAUCAUAAUCAUCAUCAUGGACAGAAGAGAAAAAGUAUUGUUUUUAUGCACAUGCAAUAAUGUAUUUGGGAUGUUCAUAAAAUCCGUGGGUGGAUUGAUCUUUAUUACCUUCUGCACAAGACAAAAAUGUGCUUUCAGAGCUAAUGUGCAAUAUCAAUAUCACAUGCAAUGUUUUUGGCUUUAUUUUGCUUUCUUUUAUUCAUUGGAUUCUGUUUAAACAAAAUAUAUUUUUUUAGAAAUGUAGUGCAAAAACUCAAUAAUAGAUCAAAGAUUAUUAAAAGUAAUUGUAUUUAUAUUUUGACAAUUUCCAAAGCGUCAAAUUACAUGGAUACUUAAAUGACAAAUAAAUACAUUGUUAAUUUACCAGCAGUAAUAACGGGCCUCCUGCUUUGGUAAUUGCUCACUAGAAUCUCAGUCUCAGACGUAAUAUUUUUGGCUUUAUUUUGUUUUCUUUUUGUUUAUUCAUUGGAUUCUGUCAUUAUUGAGCCAUCAAUCAGUUGCUGCUGGGUCUUCUCUAACAAAUGUACCAAACUGUCCAUAAUGCAAAUGAGAAUUUCCUCAUAAAUUGGGAAUUUGGUUCAUAAUAUUUUAGUGUAUUUCUUGUUUUUAUUUUAUUUUAUUUGUAAAAAAACUUAUUUUAGAAUAAUGUAAACUCAAAUCUCUACAGCUGUAGAGUGCAAUUUAUUUUUCAAAUGACAGAAAUUCAAAUCAAUAUCAUGCAACUUAAAGGUAACUGUCUAGUUAAGUUUUCACUUUCAUUAUAAUUGUAUCAGUCUAAUAAUGGAUGUUUUUAUGAUUGGGGAAAAUGUCAUCUGGAGAGCAUGUGGGCUCUUCUUUGAUCUCUUUUCAGUGGAACUGGCUGCAUGUGCUUUUGUGUGUGUGUGUGUGUGUGUGUGUGUGUGUGUGUCAACCUGUCUCUUCAUCAAAUCUUUAUACGUUUCCGAAUGGCUACACUUGACCUUGUUGCUCCCUUAAGUGUCCGAUAAAGGCCACAGGACACAGUUUACUAACAGGAGCAAGGACCAAAAUCACGUCUCAGUCCCCAAGCCAAUGUGCACCUAUGCAUCCUUGUAAGGCCUCACCAUGGAAACAUAAUAUUUACUGUACUUUGAGUGCACUGAAAGGAGGUGUGUGAACAAUAAAACAGUGGAGCUGUAUGUGUGCAUUCUUUCAAAACUAAUCCAGGUAUUUUUCUAAAAUUGUAUGAAAUAUUAUUAUUUUAAGUGAAUUUUAUUGUGGCAACUAAACAUAAUUGCAUAAAAAUGUUCUAAUCCAUAUUCUUGAUAAAAUAAAUUUUGAUGUCUGCCAAUUUAAAUAAAAAUGUUUGCUAUGA